AUGGCUAGCCUCGCUGCAAACCUCAAUCUUUCAGACCGUGAAGCCAUCCCUGAUGCCCUCUACCGCAGCAUCAUCGGCCUUGACGCCAACGACAAAACCAUCUUUGAGUCAGCCUGGCACCAGGACGCCCAAUUCAUCUUUGACGGAACACCUCCUAUCGAGGGGCUUGCGGCCAUCCUGAACACCACCUUCCAGCUCAUUGGCGUCGGGCUCGACACGACUCACAUGGUGAGCAACGUCCGAAUUGACUUGAAGGACGGUGCAGACACUGCAAAGAUGACUGCCCAUGCUUUGGCUCAGCAUUAUCGCAAGGAUGAGGGAUGGAAGCCAGGGGCAGAGCGUUUCUUGACGGGCAACCUGUACUGGAUUGAUCUGAUCAAGGAUAAGAGUGAUGGGCUUUGGAAGAUGACAAAGUUUCACAUGAAGGCCAUUUGGGGUGAGGGAGAUGCAUCAAUCAUCGGACAGUAA